AUGGAUGACGAGACGGCUUGGGUCCAGGCCAGGGCCACACUUGGCAAAUUGUACUGCAACAUCGCCAAGAAGAGCCACACACAUGCCUUCCCUGCUGGGGUGUGCCCUAGCGUGGGCGCAGGGGGCCACAUCAGCGGUGGUGGCAUGGGCACGUUAGUUCGUAAAUACGGCCUAGCAGCCGACAACAUCCUUGACGCAAAAAUCAUGAAUGCGAAAGGCGAGAUCCUCGACAGGGAAUUAAUGGGUGAGGAUCUAUUCUGGGCAAUCCGAGGAGGGGGUGGGGCCAGCUUCGGCAUCAUACUUGCGUGGCGGGUCCAGCUCAUCCGAGUCCCUUCGUUGACCACGGUUUUCACCAUCCACAAAGACCUAGAUGACACGGGGAUCGAGGUCGUCGACAAGUGGCAGAAAAUAGCAAACAAGUGA